AUGGCGACGGAGAUAAGACUAUCUAUUGAAGAAACGAAUAAGCUACGGGCUCAAUUGGGGCUCACGCUACUUCCAACUGAAAGUUCAGAUCGUAGUAUUACUGAACAGAAACAAGCUAGAGUUCCAUUUAGGGACGAUACAAAGAAUGAAAACCAUACCAAGUCCUCGCUUUCUAUUGAAGAGACAAACAAGCUACGUAGAUCACUAGGGCUACGGCCUUUAGAAUCCGAGCCAUCUGAACUCAAAUCAAAUGAUAAAACGACACUAAGUUCAAGCCAAAGUUCUCAUGUAACUACAUCUCGGAAAGAGCCCGAGCUCCAGGAAAAGGAAGGUAUUCAAAUCGCGCAUUCGGCGAGGCAACUAGCCAGUAUCCAAGACGGAGAGGUAUUCACUCUAGAGGAUAAGGAUAUCUUGGACGAAGAUGAAGACCGGUUUGAGAACGAAAAGCUAGUAAAAAUGGAUAAGCAGGAAAAGAUUGACCGUGAGAGGAGGAAAAUGGGACUGUCGCGGAGUAAUUUCUCUAAUCUAAUGUACAAUAGCGAAUCGGAUCAGGACGAUGAGCCAGAGGAGAUCCGAGCGGUUGGCUCCAAAAUUGCUCUUCCAAAAGAAAAAUCAAGCACUAUCCACGAUAUCCCUACAGAGAAUGUGGUGACUAUCUCUGGCCUUUUCGGGGACUUAGAUGAGGAGCCGAAACCUAAGGAAUCCAAAAAACCGCCCAAGUUCAAGAAAAGCAAGAGCAAAGCGUCUUCGAAAAAGAGAUCCCUUGAUGUUGAUAUAGACCAGAAUAUUACAGGUGCGACGGAAAUGGUGACACUGGUGUUGACUAUAGAAGAAGAAGAUUUCGAUGAUAUUGAAGAUUCCUUGGCCAAGUCUCGAAGAGAAAAGGCUAGGGCAAGAACGCAUAUGACUGCCGAGCAGAUAGCAGCAGAGGCAAAAAUGAAUCUGAGACUCGAUGCCAUCUCUGAUUUGAAGGAUGGAAUUGUUUUCGAUGGCACCAAUGACUUUUUAGAAUCAUUGAGUUCGCUGAACGCUGCUCCUGCUGAGGUCACCGAAGAAUCUUCCAACAUUUCUGGACCAAUUAAAGAUGAAGAGGUCAAGGAAGCAGUGAUGAGUCGCGAGCCAGAUGAAGCCAGCUCAGUAGCGGAGGAUGAUACAACCCAACUGCCUGAAGUUGAUACUACCAAGAAACGAAGUCAUGAGUCAGAAGAAGAGAAUCAAAUUGAAAACGAGCAAAAGCCAGAAGAAGCGAAGUUUGCUUCUGUUUCGUCAACGCUUAAGUACUUGCGCCAAACCUCAGCCACCACUAGUGAAGCCGAGAAGCAAGCCUACAAAGUGAAGAGAGAAAAAGAGAAGGAGCAAAGUCUUGUUCGUAUCAAGAUAUCAAUUCAGGAGAGAAUAGUGAGGGAAGAGCUAGAGAAGGACAGCUCGUAUGGGCGAAUGUCGCAGGAAGAAAAGGACAAGACGUUUGAUCGUGUGCUCUCCGAACGAUUAGUGAGUGAAGGUAUCAUAGCUGACGUCCCUACCUCUGGGCGCUACAAUCGUUACAACAGUCAAGUUGACGACCUUGCUGACUAUAAUCCACAAGUGCAUGUCACUCAUAAAGACGACAAAGGGCAAGUCCUUGACCAGAAGCAGGCCUGGAAGGUUUUGUCACACCGAUAUCAUGGACUGGCUCCAAAGCAUGCCAAACGGGCCAAAUUGAAGAGUCGGUCUGAAAGAACUGUUUAA